AUGUCUUCAACAAAAUUUCUUGAUAUUUUUAAUAAUGUUGAUGAAUAUAAACAAACAAUCUGUUCGAAAGUUAUUGAUGUUAUUCGAACAUCAAAUCGAUUAGCAGUUGAAAAUUUUGAUCAAAUACUGACAAUAGAUUCUUGUCAAGAUAAAAUAAAUAAAUUAAGUGAACGUAUUUUAAAUCGAAUUUAUCAAAUUAAAUCUCAUAUUCAAUCAUCAAAUUGGAAUCAAUUAGAUUUAGAUGAAAAAAUUGAACAAUUAGUUGAUAUUAAUGAUACAUUAUUUGAACAAAUUGCAUCUGCUCUUGAUGAAGCUGAUGGAAUUAAAAAAUCUCCUGUAUCAACAACUAUGCGACAAAUUUUAAUUAAACCACAAUUAAAAUUUAAAUAUAAAAUUGAUAAUAGUACAAUAAUACCUUUUAUUUCAAAAAUUCGUAUUAAACCAAAUGCUUUAACACCAUUACCAAUGAUCAUGACACACAUGAACUUCGAAUCUAUUGAUCCUAAUUUAUUAGAAAAACAUCCAGAAAUAUUAGAUCAUCCGUAUUUUGAUGAAAUUACAGCUUUUGAACCUGAUGAAAUAUUACUAAAGAAAAUCGAACCUCAAUAUCCAAAAUCAAUUGAAGAAACAAAAUAUUUAUUUGUUGAUACAGUUGAAAAAUUAAAAAUAAUGAUGGAUCAUAUUGAAAUGCAAUUAGAAUUAGCAGUUGAUUUAGAACAUCAUUCCUAUCGAUCCUAUCAAGGUUUUACAUGUUUAAUGCAAAUAUCAUCACGUACAGAAGAUUUUCUAAUUGAUACACUUACAUUACGAGAUGAAUUAUCUAUUCUAAAUAAUGUUUUUACUAAUCCAAAAGUUUUGAAAGUAUUUCAUGGUGCUGAUUGGGAUAUAGAAUGGUUACAAAAAGAUUUUGGUAUUUAUGUUGUAAAUAUGUUUGAUACAUAUCGAGCAGCAAAAGAACUUAAUUUACCAACAUUAUCACUUGCUUAUCUUUUAAAAACUUAUUGUAAUAUUGAUGCUAGUAAACAAUUUCAAUUAGCUGAUUGGAGAAUACGACCUUUACCAAAAGAAUACUGUCGUUAUGCUCGAGAAGAUACACAUUAUCUUUUAUAUAUAUAUGAUCGUUUACGAAAUCAAUUACUUGAUUUAAAUGAAAAUAAUUCACAACUUCUUCGAUUAGUUUAUACAAAAUCAAAAAUAAUUUGUCAAAAAUUAUACAAAAAGCCAAUUUUCGAUGAAAAUGCAUAUAAAACUCUAUAUUUAAAAUGUCAUAAAACAACUUUCGAUGGUAGUCAAUUAACUGCACUUAAAUUACUCUACGCUUGGCGUGAUAAAAUAGCUCGAGAAGAAGAUGAAUCAACAAGUUAUGUUUUACCAGAUUUAAUGCUUAUACAUAUAGCUGAAUUAUUACCUAAAGAUAUUCAAGGAAUUCGAGCAAGUUGUAAACUAGUUCCAGAAUUAGUUGAAAAAAAUCUAGAAGAUAUUCAUCGAUUAUUAAUACAAGCUAUUGAAAAACCAUUAUCGGAAACAAAUGAUGGAGAAUUUGAAUCAUUACAAAACAAGCGUUCAAUUGCAUCAUCGGAUACAAAUAUUUCGAUAGAUUCAUCAUUAAAUAAUGAUAAUAAACGAGCAAAGCUCGUUUCAGAAAAAUACUAA